AUGAAGCUGAGUGGAAAAGUAACUAUAGUUGUGCCAAGCCAAAUAUGUGCACAGCUUUUUCAAACAAUCAAAGAAGAACACGAAUAUCCUGUUGAGGAAAGCUACAGAGAGAUUCCAGAAUGGGUUAACGGAAGUCUGUACAGGAAUGGACCAGGAAUGUACGAGGUUGGGGAAUACAAGUAUAAUCAUUGGUUUGAUCCCCUGGCAAUGAUCACAAGGUUCCAUAUAGAAAACAAGAAGGUAACAUACCAGAAUCGAUACCUGAAAAGUGACACCUAUAAAACGAAUCUUGCUGCCCAAAGAAUCGUUGUCUCUGGAUUUGGUACUCUUCCAGUCCCUGACCCAUGUCAAAAUAUCUUUCAAAGAUUUUUGAGUUAUUUUAUCAUAGAUGAGAGGAUUGACAACACAAAUGUGAAUUUGUAUCCAUUAAAAGAUGAGUUGUAUGCUUGUACAGAGACACAGUUUAUUAGGAAAUGUGAUCCUGAAACCUUAGAGACACUAGAGAGAGUCAAUCUAAGAGACUAUGUAGCUGUUCACUCGGCUACAGCUCAUCCUCACUUUGAUGAAGACGGAACUAUUCACAAUAUCGGCAACUGUUUCAAAGGAGGUCCAAAAAUUUGUAUCAUCAAAAUUCCUCCUAAAAAAGAUCCAACUGAUGAAUUCCCACAAGGUCAAGUUAUGUCUGCCAUCAAAUCAUCAGGCAAAAUUAGCAUCAACUACAUCCAUAGUUUUGGUAUGACAGAAAAUUAUAACGUGUAUGUCGAACAGCCAUUGUUCUUGAAUCUACUGAAAAUAAUGACGGCUAAAAUACGAGGUUCGCCUAUGAGUAAUUCCCUGGACUGGUACCCAGACUUAAAGACAAGAUUUCGCAUUUUUGACAAGAAAACUGGUGAAGAAGUCAAUCCAGAGAUCAAAUAUGAAGCAGAUCCUCUGUUGGUAUUCCAUCAUAUCAAUGCAUAUGAAGCAAAUGGUGAGAAUAUUUUGAUUAUUUAUGAGUUAUUCAUUACAUUUAAUAUGCCAUCACUACAUGUAGCAGUUGAUAAGCUGCUGGAGGCUUUUGAAAAAAUAUCUAGAUAUUUAGUUCUUCUUACUUUGUUUUGUGUUGAAUAUCGGUAUAUUGGUCAUAUAAUUGUUGACAUAUGUGCUCUGAGGUCAAAUGAAGCUUUAAGCUAUAUCUACUUGAAAGAUCUCAGCUCGGAACAAUGUGAGGAAAACUGGAGAAAAUAUGACUCUGCUGAGCCUAGGAGAUUUAUCCUACCUCUGGAUGUUAAUCAACAGACACCAUGCAACAAGAACUUGGUGGAUAUAACACCGGCUGCAGCAACAGCGGAAAUGACAGCAGACGACACUGUAUAUUGUACAUGGGAACUUCUUGCUGAUACGGGUAUGGACUUUCCACAAAUAAACUAUCAACGGUACAAUGGUAAAAAAUACAGAUAUACAUAUGGUACAGGCUGGCAUCCAAAGGGAAAACAUUUCAAUACUGUAAUGAAGAUUGACAUCAUCACUAAGACAUUUAAGGAAUGGGGUGAGGACAAAUGCUACCCCUCAGAGCCAGUGUUUGUAGCUAAUCCAGAUGGUACAGAUGAAGAUGACGGUGUAGUAUUGUCAGCUGUCAACAACUCAGACCAUGACAAAGGAAAGAACGCCUUCUUGCUGGUACUUGAUGCUAAAUCUAUGACGGAAAUUGCCAGAGCAGAAUUUGAUAUACCACGAUUUCCAAAAGAUUUUCAUGGCUUGUUCAAAACGAAUCAGUGAAUCAACAAGUCUCUCGAGACAAGUAUCAGUAGAUUAAAACCUUUUGAACAAAAUAAGCAAUUAUAUCAAUAAUCUUUUUGUUUUUAUUAUCCAUUGACAAUUAUAAAUUAUCUUAAUAUUUUAAUGUGUAUGCAUUUGAUACUAAUGUGCUUUAAAUCAAAAUCGUUUCAAAAUCAAGUGAUGUUAAAGUUAAAACUACACUGUUGGUUGUUUGUAACA